GGCGGCCCGGGCCGGCGCGGCGAGCGGCGCGGCGGAUGGAGACUCUGGCCGCGGCCGGCGGCGCCGCCUCCUCGUCGGGCCGGGCACGGCGGGCCGGGGCCUUUGUGUGAGGCGGCGGCGGCGGCGAUGGUGCUGGGGCCCCGCGGAGCCGGAUUACCCGUGCUGACAAGGAGGCCACUUCACAGGAGCUGCGAAGAUGGGCAUGAGGAUCAAACUACAAAGCACCAACCACCCCAACAACCUGCUGAAGGAACUCAACAAGUGCCGGCUCUCGGAGACCAUGUGCGACGUCACCAUCGUGGUGGGGAGCCGCUCCUUCCCGGCCCACAAAGCUGUGCUGGCCUGCGCGGCCGGCUACUUCCAGAACCUCUUCCUGAACACCGGGCUCGAUGCCGCCAGGACCUACGUGGUGGACUUCAUCACCCCCGCCAACUUCGAGAAGAUCCUGAGCUUUGUCUACACGUCCGAGCUCUUCACAGACCUGAUCAACGUCGGGGUCAUCUACGAGGUCGCCGAGCGCCUGGGCAUGGAGGACCUCCUCCGGGCCUGCCACUCCACCUUCCCUGACCUGGAGGGCACUGCCGCGGCCAAGUCCCUGACCAGCACCGGCGAGAGCCACGCGGGCACCCUGGGCUGCGGCUCGGCGGAACCCGCCCAUCCCCUCGGAGAACUCCGGGGUGGCGGGGGGCACUUCGGUCCUGAGAGAAACUAUGUUUUACCUGGCGAUGCUGGGGGAAGCUAUAAAGACGAAGAGAGAAACGUUACCGGUGACUCUAACCACAGCCUGCCUCUGCCGCAGCAGCCACUGCCGCCAAAGACCGAAGACCACGAUGCUCCUGCUCCUUUCACCUCUGUACCCAGUGUGGCGGCCCAGCCAGCCCUGGGCACGGUCAGCAUGGCCAUCCAAACCAGCACAAGCUCCUGCCAGCCGUACAAGCUUCAGAGCAACGGGGACUUCGGCAAAAACAGCUUCUUCCCCCCGGACAAUGCGAUAGACAUCACCACGGGGACCAACUCCUGUCUGAGCAACAGCGACCACUCCAAAGACCCGGGCUUCGAGCAGAUGGAUGACCUCCAGCUGGAGGACCUGGGGGAGGACGACCUGCAGUUUGAAGACCCCGCCGAGGAGAUGGGCACGGCGGAGGAGGUGAUCGAGCUGAGUGAUGACAGCGAGGACGAGCUGACUUUCGGGGACAGCGACAACCGAGAGAACAAGGCCAUGCCCUGCCAGGUGUGCAAGAAGGUCCUCGAGCCCAACAUCCAGCUGAUCCGGCAGCACGCCCGGGACCACGUGGACCUGCUGACAGGCAACUGCAAGGUGUGUGAGACCCACUUCCAGGACCGAAACUCCCGGGUGACCCACGUUCUGUCUCACAUCGGCAUUUUCCUCUUCUCCUGCGACAUGUGUGAGACGAAGUUCUUCACCCAGUGGCAGCUGACGCUGCACCGACGGGAUGGGAUAUUCGAGAACAACAUCAUCGUCCACCCCAGCGACCCCCUGCCCGGGAAGCUGGGCCUGUUUCCGGGGGCGGCCUCCGCGGAACUGAAGUGUGCGGCCUGCGGGAAGGCGCUGGCCAAAGAUUUCCACGUGGUCCGGGGCCACAUCCUGGACCAUCUGACCUUGAAGGGCCAGGCCUGCAGUGUCUGCGACCAGCGCCACCUCAACCUCUGCAGCCUCAUGUGGCACAUGCUCUCCCACCUCGGCAUCUCGGUCUUCUCCUGCUCCGUCUGCGCCAACAGCUUCGUGGACUGGCACCUCCUGGAGAAGCACAUGGCCGUGCACCAAAGCCUGGAAGACACCCUCUUCCGCUGCCACUUGUGCAGCCAGAGCUUCAAGUCGGAGGCCGCCUACCGCUACCACGUCAGCCAGCACAAAUGCGGCGGCGGCGGCGGCCUCGACCCCCGGCCCGGCUUUGGGCUGCAGCACCCCGCCCUCCCGAAGCGGAAGCUGCCAGCGGAGGAGUUCCUGAGCGAGGAGCUGGCGCUGCAGGGCCAGCCUGGGAACAGCAAGUACAGCUGCAAGGUCUGUGGCAAAAGGUUUGCCCACACGAGCGAGUUCAACUACCACCGGCGGAUCCACACGGGCGAGAAGCCGUACCAGUGUAAGGUCUGCCACAAGUUCUUCCGAGGCCGCUCGACCAUCAAGUGCCACCUGAAGACGCACUCGGGGGCCCUCAUGUACCGCUGCACCGUCUGUGGCCACUACAGCUCCACCCUGAACCUCAUGAGCAAGCACGUGGGCGUGCACAAAGGCAGCCUCCCGCCCGACUUCACCAUCGAGCAGACCUUCAUGUACAUCAUCCAUUCCAAAGAGGCGGAGAAGAGCCCGGACAGCUGACUGGGUCCCACCGGAGCCCGGGGGCGCCCCCAGGUGGCAGCCAGGACAUCGGUUUUCUCCUAGUGGCUGUUCAUCCCACCCCUAGCUGAAGUUACAGUUCUGCCUUGCUAGGAAUUCUGUCCUCUUGCGUUUAAAGAAGAAAAAAAAAAAAAGAAGAAAUAGCACAUGAGCUGUUACUGUUUCAGAGAAGCAGCGGCCCUAUCAUGUUUACCUCCUUACCUGUUCUUGCUCAUGAAGGGCCGUGUUUUUUUUAUUCUUUUGAGGCUGAUCUUGGGAUCUCAUCAGGUAGUUGGUGUCAGCCAGAUCCCCCUCCCCCAGCCUCCCGAGUUUUAUGCUGCUAAGAAUCCAACCAACAGUCUCACUGAAUAGAGGAGGCGGGGAGCGUUCUCACUGUGGGUAGAACUGCCAGACCUCCGUCUGGGACAACCAGCCGUGAGCGAGUCUGGCAGUGUGGUCGCUUAGAAAAGACUAGUCAGCAGGGCAGCUCACCUCAGGUUCCAUUCCAGGCCCUCAGCAGAGAAAAGGCAACAGGGAUGGAGGUGCCUGUUGCUCUUCCACGCCUCUAAUCUGCUGACUGGACAGUCAGAUCUUUUGGAAGCUAGAUCCAAACUGGGGACUGAGCUUUCUAUUUAGAUCAGAAAGCUUUGGGGUGAAUCCUGGCCGGGGCCACCAGAAGUGGCAGCCUGGAUGGACAGGAAGGGAGGUUUCUCUUUUCUCCUCAAUUCCAAAGAAACACGGUUUCAUGGAGUGAUGGCCCAGGACGUCAGGCCUUCCCGGGGGCGGGGGGCCAAGAGGACAGGGAGGAUAUAGUCGGUUCUGCGUCCUCUGGCCACCUCCACCCACCGUGAAUUUUCUGUUGGAGAAGUGGGGAUGUCUCUGACAGCAGCAGCCUUGCCUUAAUUUAUAUCCUGUCUCCCGCCUAGAAGUGUGUUUGACCUGUCGUGUAGAUGAGAAGACCCAUGAGGGGGGUGAUGGACUGGAAGCCCUUCAGGAUGGAAGGGACUGAGUAACUGGUGGUGUGCAGCGGAGGCCUCUCUGCCCCAGCUGGGUAACCUGUUUUGUGCACUGGGGCAGGAGCAUUGGCAGUUGACUUUUGACCUGCUGGAAUUUAUCCUGAUCUGUCUUUGUGUUGCCGCCAGUGGGCGCUAUUGGCUGACAGCUAGUUCAGGGCCUUCCCUUGACUGGGAGACAUUUCUGCCCAGCUCCGGGGGCUUUGUUGUUAGUUGGCUUUUGAGGGGGCCCUUGAUCUCACGUCCUCAUCGGCUCACCUCAGUACACACUACCUCACCUGCUCAGGCCAGCGCUGGGGGUCCCUGAGCUAGGCCCCGACCCUGCUCCUGGUGGGACUCGGCAGCAAGUGGUUUUUAAUGAACUCACAAAGCCUUUUUUGGACAUGAAUAUUUAUUUAUUUUUAUUUUUGUAUGCAUAUUACCCAGCAUCUCUUGGAUAAGAGACUUCAGGAAAAUGAGUUUCUCCCCAGCAAGGAGCCAUAUCCGCGGGAGGAUCCUGGCCAGAAAUGUGGGAAGUAGGCGAGAACUGGGAGAGAACGUUUCAAGCCUUUAAACAGGGCAAAUUCUUUUUGUUCUCCCCAGACAGGCUCUUACAGAAUGUACCCAGGGGCAGCUGAUGUAAGAAACCAGAAAGUUGGGGCUUGUUAAGUUCCUAGGCCUUUCCUCCUCCUCCCGUCCUGUGAUGGAGUAGACUGGGGACCGGUCUGGGGGGACCAAGUCACAUGAAGGACCUUUUUGCACAUUUUCUCAUCCCUCCUAAACUCGGAACACUAUAUGAAGACAUACAGGCAAACCGAAGCUUCAUCUUUGGUGCACCUGCUGCCUCUCCCCAGCCCUGGACUUCCCCAGCCUCUGACUUGGAGGGCAUGGCUCUCUGCUGGCCACUCCAUGAAGGGACUUGUACACAUGGCCCCCUUUCACCAUCUAAACCCAACUUACGAAUCUUCCCUGGAAACACGCUUGUCAGGAGAGCAGUGCUGAGACUGUUCAUCUCUGAGAGCGUCUCCUUUUCCCACACUGACCUUUAGAAAGUUAAGAAAGAAAAUGUGCAAAAGCCUACCGUCAAGUGUUUGCUAAGCUUCUCAAGCCUGAGCCAUCCCGCCCAGACGGUAGGUGAGGACUGGUUUCUGAAGGGCCAGAUUUGAGGGAGCUGGUACUGGAACCCAGCGAGUGUGCUGGACAGACCCUUUUCCUUAUCAGAGGGCGUCAUGGAUGCUGGGUAGUCUGUAUACUUAACCUGAAACUGUGAAGUAUUCCCUUUUUGCCAGUAAACCAAAAAGCAAAUCCUUGAAACUUUGCCCCUGAAACACUA